ACGAUCUCGGGGGCGGAACAAGGCUUUCAUUGGAGUGUAGGAGAACCCAGUAAAGGAGGUAUCAAAGAGUCAAGGACUACCAAAUGGAAGGAUGGCAAUGACGACGGUAUGACUAGCCAUGAGACGAAUUUGGCGAGCGGAGGUAAAGGCCACCAGAGGGCUCUACAGCACAGAAGAGAUAGCUCAAUGAAUCAAAGAGCUCAAACAAUCAUGAAUUUGGCGGACCAUUUGCAUGAAACCGUGAUAAAUGCCAGUCGCUUUCCGCACUGCCAGCUACUACCGUCCGAGAUGCUAACUCAACUGACAGGAGGCUUGGAGACUAAUAGUUCCCUGAAACUACAGUACCUGUGA